GUAAAUGGAGGAAUUGAAAGAGAAAGUAUUCACUCUCAGAGAGACAGAGAGAGAGAGAGAGAGAGAGAGAGAGAGCGGUUGAGCCCAGUUCAGAGUCAACAUGGACAUGAAACGUUUGAAGAGACCAGCAGGACCUUCGGUACGGUACCAUGGUUUGAAAAACCAGGGGGCGCUGUGUUACCUGAACAGUGUCCUGCAGGUGUUGUUCAUGACCAGAGACUUCAGACAGUCUGUCCACAGUUCCAGGUCCAGUCGUAAAAGCGACUGCAUCGACGGCCAACUCACAUCCCUGUUUGAUAAGUUAGAGAACCGAACCUCACACGUCUCCGAUCAACUGAGGAAGGAACUGGGUGUCAACACAGUGUCUGAACAACGUGAUGCUGCCGAGUUCUUUGAGAAGAUUUUAACUCACACCAGUUCUGAAGCAUCGAAGGUUUUCCACGGAGAGCUGACUCACAGGACCAGGUGUUCCACAUGUGACACGGUGACGGCCACAGACGGACACUUCUGGCAUCUUCCUUUAGACCUUAUGGAUUCCAACAGCAAACACUACAGUGUGGUGGACGGUGUUGAGAAGUAUUUCCAAACCACACGUCUCAGUGAAGAAAACCAGAUCUACUGUGAAGUCUGUGACUCCAAACGUGAUGUUUCAAUUGACUGUGUCAUCAAGUAUCAUCCACUCGUCCUGACUCUCCUGCUCAAGAGGUUCGAAUUCGACAUAAAUCACAUGACGCACGUAAAAACUGAACGUGAUGUGGACAUUCCACUGCAACUGCGCCUCCCACAGAAUCAGAUGUACGAGUUGUACGCAAUAGUGGAACAUGUUGGUAAUCUCAAGAACGGACACUACACGGCGCUGAUUAAAUCUCAGGAUGAUGACAAAUGGUACAACUUCAAUGACAGCAGCGUCACAUUGCCGGAUUUCCAGCCGUUCCAAGUUGAUCCCACUGACAGGUCCUCCUCUGCCUACCUACUGUUUUACAGGAAGAAGACGAUUAAAAAGAGCUUUAAACGUGCACCAGAAGACAAUGGUGCCAACAAGGAGCCUUUUCACAAAAGAGAGAGGGAUCAUGAAGAAAAGACGGACUCUAGUCGUCAACCUGAAGAUCGUUAUACCAAAAAACCAAGGAGGGAUUCUGACGAGAAGGGAAAACAUGUAGAAAAAGAUAAUGGCUUUAAAUAUAGGACCAGUCCUGAUUCCCACUAUCACCAGGGACAGAACCACAGAACACCCGCCAAGACAGAACCAAGGCGGUCUGAGCAUGACAGGAAGGAGGGUCGAGAUGGAGACAGUCAAAGAUCACAUCAGGGAGAGGGAGGACAGGAGGAGGGGCCUAAAUUAAAUUCCAGCUCAAAUCGUGGAGAUCAGAACCAUGGACGGUUUCAGAGACACUCUGUACCACUGAACAGAGACAGCAGUGAGGGGAGACAAAGACAAACCAGAGACCAAGAAUACAGAUCUGCAGGGAGGCAAAGAGUCGGUGAAGAAGAGAUGCUGAGGAAGUCUCUAUCCACAGAAGAAGCCAACCAAAAACAAGGCCCAGCAGCCCUAGGACACAGAGGAAGGAAGAAAACCACAGAGACGACAUCUGACAAUGAAGACAAAAUGAUUGAGUCACUGCAACCUAAGUUUGAAAAUCUGACACUCAGCACUGUAAAAUGCACCCGUGAGAGGACAAGAUGCGGGUGUGUCCCAUUCAGAUGGUCAUGGCGAAAGAUCAGAAGGCGGUUGAGAUUGGAGAGAAAAAAAAAAAAAGAAAAAAAAAAAAGAAAGGAAAAAAAAAACAAAAUCAUAUCUAUUUGUUGACACAACUGGUACGCUCAUUCUUCUUCUACUGCUCCAUCCUUCUAAUUCUGGUGUUGGUUUUCAUUUUAUUGCUCACUUUACAUUAGUUUCCAAUGUUGCUUUCCACAUGCAAAGGCAGUCGUCACCAAUAAAGACAGAGUAGGAGACAGUGGUGGUCUGUGAGGACAUUAAAGACAGAGUAGGAGACAGUGGUGGUCUGUGUGGACAUUAAAGACAGAGUUGGAGACAGUGGUGGUCUGUGAGGACAUUGAAUCUGUGACCUAACUAAUGACAAGAAGCUGAUUUAUUAUACUUUACUUUUCUGUGCUCGGAACCCUUUUGCUUAAAAAUUGUAUUCAUGCUUAGAUAUUGUUCAAAAAUAUUGUUCCUAUCAAAUAAUCAUUGAACAAUAAUUUUAUAUAAUAGUUUUAUAUGUGUCUGUAUAUAUGUAUAUAUAUAUAUAUCAAUAUGUGUGUGUGUAUAAUCUUUGUUGUUCAAAUUAACCUGUAACAAAUAAAAUGUUCAAAAAUUGUCAAAUCAAAUGUUUGCAACAUUGAGAAAGUAUAAAUUAUUUUCUGUGGUCAAAUACAUUCAUUAGAUGACA